UUGAUAUACAAAAACAAUCGCCUUGUAAAUUCAUGUGUAAUAUGUAAUUACAUCCAAGAAACAAUUGCCAUAAUGCGGUUACCUAGCUAGAAAAAAAAAAGUUAUCCUCCCUGUACCGGGGAUAGCAAAACAAACCACAUGAAAAGUGUUCAGUUUACUCAACAUUAAAAAGUAAUUCCCUAAGUCUUUUCACAAACGCAGUGAUUUCACACCCUACUCUUAUGUAGCUGACGAAUCGUGCAAACCACGGCAGCCUUUGAUUGGCUCCUCUCGCUGCCAGUAGGGCCCCCUGUUGGGAGGGGGCCGAGAGCUGCUGCGCUUCCUAUUUAACUGCACUCCGCGGCUUGUGUGCUCAGUCGUCAUACGGGGUGCUGCUGCCGGGAGGUGGGGCGUGUUGGCUGAAACACCUUCCGUGUUACAAAUGUAAAAAGAUAACACUCGCCAGUGUUUUGUUGUGCCGUCUUAGCCUUGGGAAGACGGGGAUUGCGGGCACUCGCGGGGAGGAAGGACGCGGCCGGGCAGCAAAACGGAAAGGAAGGGUUUGCGGAACAGGAGAGAGAGAGAAGCCAUUCAUUCAGACGUCAUUUGUCUCGCUGGAAACACACAGGAAACCCAGGCGGAGGCGGUUGCAGCUACCCUGUGAGUUCCCGUCUGGCCCACGCUGCAUCCGAGUGGGGGGAAAAAAGGGGGAAGACAUGUCCUCAUUGGUUUUAUUUUCUUCUGACACGAACUUCUCCGUGAGAAGGGAAUGAUCGCCGAUGGCACUGCGGGAGGAUGCGGGGUGCAGAUCCCGAGCCCAGUGAAGCGGAGCUGAGUGUUGCGGGAGGGAAAGUCGACGCCGGAGAGCUGCCGGAGUGACCCGCAGCCGAGCCCUAGACACACACAAAGGAAAGGGCGACAACUUCACCUCCGAAGAGCUCGGGAACGCCGCAGCGGUAUCCUCAAAACCCCCCCCAAUGAGCCCUGAUUUUGAAUUUUUAAGGUUUGGAGCUGCGGUCAUGGAGUUAAUAAAGCAAGAUUUUAAUGAGAAACGGUGCGGGUUUACCUUAAACUGAUUACGUGGCUCUCGAACGCAAAGUAGACAGGUUACGAAACAACGGGACUUUUUUUUUUCCAGUUUCCAUCUGAACAAACUAGGUGCUGUGCAUUGAUUUGUCGGUAUCACACGUUUCUAUAUUUGUUCUACCUCUGCGGAAUGAAAUGGAUCUGAAGACGGCGGUGUUUAACGCAGCCCGGGACGGAAAGCUCCGGCUGCUCCAGAAGCUGUUGGAGAACAAAGCUGGGGAUGAAGUUUCCAAGUUGAUGGCGGAAAAGACCAACGGCGCGACACCGCUGCUGAUGGCAGCGCGCUACGGGCACCUGGAUUUGGUGGAGUAUCUCCUGGAGUGUUGCUUGGCCCCAGUCGAAGUCGGGGGAUCUGUAAACUUUGACGGCGAAACCAUCGAGGGGGCCCCCCCGUUGUGGGCAGCCUCUGCGGCCGGGCACCUGAAGGUGGUGCAGUCCCUGCUGGGCCACGGAGCCUCCGUCAACAACACGACGCUGACCAACUCGACCCCCCUGAGGGCCGCCUGUUUCGACGGGCACCUCGACAUUGUGAAGUACCUGGUGGAGCACAAGGCCGAUCUCGAAGUGGCCAAUCGCCACGGGCACACCUGCCUCAUGAUUUCCUGUUACAAGGGGCACAAGGAAAUCGCUCAGUACCUCUUGGAGAAAGGUGCUGAUGUCAACAGGAAAAGCGUGAAAGGUAACACUGCUCUGCAUGACUGCGCUGAAUCGGGCAGCCUGGAAAUCAUGAAAAUGCUGCUGAAGUAUGGCGCUAAAAUGGAGAAGGAUGGCUAUGGAAUGACACCCUUGCUGUCAGCCAGCGUGACAGGGCACACGAACAUUGUCGACUUUCUAACUCAGCACCAGCAGACAAGCAAAAUGGAGAGGAUCAAUGCCCUGGAGCUGCUGGGCGCAACCUUUGUGGACAAAAAGAGGGACCUCCUGGGUGCGCUGAAAUACUGGAAGAAGGCUAUGGACAUGCGAUAUAGCGAAAGCGGCAAUAUUCUGUACAAGGCCGAGCCGAAACACUUGAUUAUGGCUUACGAUUAUGCCAAGGAAGUAAACUGUGCCGAUGAGCUCGAUAACCUGAUUGCUGACCCCGAUGAGAUGAGAAUGCAGGCCCUGCUUAUCAGAGAGAGGAUUCUGGGCCCUUCGCACCCCGAUACCUCUUAUUACAUCCGCUACAGGGGUGCAGUCUAUGCAGACUCUGGCAACUUUGAGAGGUGUAUUAACCUUUGGAAGUAUGCCCUAGACAUGCAACAGAGCAACCUGGAUCCCCUGAGCCCCAUGACAGCCAGCAGCCUGCUCUCCUUUGCUGAGCUCUUCUCCUUCAUGUUGCAGGACCGGGCCAAGGGAUUGCUGGGCACAUCCGUGUCCUUUGAUGACCUCAUGGGUAUCCUCAGCAAAAGCGUGCUGGAGAUUGAGAGAGCCGUCAAGCAGACGCAGCCCCCGCCCGAUCCUGCUCAGCUUAGCAAGGCUCUUUCCAUCAUUCUGCACUUGAUCUGUCUGCUGGAGAAGGUCCCGUGCAGUGUGGAGCAAGACCACUUCAAGAAGGAGACGAUCUACAGGUUUCUCAAGCUGCGGCCGAGCGGGAAGAACGGCUUCACCCCACUCCAUCUGGCGGUCGACAGGAACACUACCUGCGUGGGGCGCUACCCCGUCUGCAAGUUUCCCUCCUACCAGGUGGCCUCGAUUCUUGUGGAAUGUGGGGCGGACGUGAACUGCAGGGACGAGGACAAUAACAGCCCUUUGCACGUGGCAGCCUUUAACAACAACCCGGACAUCAUGAACUUGCUGAUCGCCUGCGGCUCCCACUUUGACAGUACAAACUCCUUCAAGCAGACCGCUUGCGACCUGCUGGAUGAGAAAGAAAUGGCGAAAAAUCUGAUCCAGCCCAUUAACCACACUACACUGCAGUGUCUGGCAGCGCGUGUUAUAGUUAAACACAGCCUUGUGUACAGGGGUAACAUCCCUCAGAAACUGGAGGCCUUUGUGCUGCUUCAUAGAUAAUAACGAAAACCCAGGGUUCAUCCGGCUGCCAUAAUUAUUGGGGUGUGAGGAGUCCUGACCCUGGUUUUAUCCCCCUUUUCAAAGUUCUACGAUUUGUAUUUUACAGACUCUGAAUGACAACGUGCUUUAAUUGAAAAGCUCCUGACCCCACGUUUCCUCACAUCCAACGUGCAGAUUGCAUACGGAAAGCAUGACGAUGAUGUGUAAUGAUUAGACAUACAGUAUUUUGUACAAAAAUGUUUGUUUUUGCUUGAACUGAAAAUACUUUCUUAAUUCAUGCGGUUUCUGACGGUUCUCGGAACACAUCUGCCAAAGUCCCAUCUGCUUUAUGCUCCUCUGUUUCUAUGCAAAGAUAGUAGGAUAUUUGGGACUGUAGGUUAUUUUUUAAUUAUAUUGCUUGUGAAUGGAUAUUCUGUAAAUGUGCAUCUGUUUUAAGCUUUGUGCUGUUAUUUUUCUUGUUGCAUUUUUAAUUCUGAUUCAUGGUUUAUAUCAACUGGACUUUUCCCCUCCCUCCAGAUCACAGAGCUUUAUUUAGUAGUUAAUGUUUGCAAAUACCAUAAGUGCUUUAUCUUUCCUAUGCACUGGCUUCAAUAUGUGACUGUUCUGUGUUUGCACUUGUCUAUGCAGCAGCAAGAGUUUUUCUUCUAAUGCCCCGUUUUCUUUGGAUUGGAUGUUUGCCCAGAACCUUCCAUAUGUUCUUUGACAUUUCAUAACGGGACAAUAUAGAUCAGUGCGAAAACAACCUGGUUUUGCGUUUGUUGGUAUUUCCUCCGAAUUUGAUUUUGAUCUUAAAAAGAGAGCCUGUUCAUUUUUAGGACGGACAGCAUAAUUGCUUUUAUUCGGUUUAAGAGAACAAGGUUGUGUCCUGAGUGUUUGUAUCCACAACUGCGUUUUCAUCUUCUGUGGACUUGUUGGUGCUGAUGUGAAGCCUGAAAUUGGAAGCAGAAACUCAAUUUUAAAUUGUAUUCAAAAAGACAUUAAACACUACAGUAUUCUUGCAUUAGAAGAAACUUGUAAACUUCCAUUCAUCAUCUUAAGGAUAGAUUUGACUUUUUGUUGUUUAAAGAAAUAGUCCUUGCUAUCCUUACAAAACCUAUUUCUGUAAAAUCUUUUAAGCUGGGCAAAAUGUUUUCAUUUCUUCCUAUGUUUUUUUCACAUGUAUCUGUACAGAUUUAAGAAUGUCAAAGCUGUCCUGUACUCUUUACAGGCUUUUUUUUUCCUUAUUUUUUGCUCAUUGGCUUUACUCUCGUGGCAAAAAGGGCUUUUCAGAUUUCUAGAAACAAGUUUCACUUCAGAAACAAAAUUAGUUACAUCAGGUGAUGACUGUAAUUUUGCACUUUAUUUUGGUGGCAUGUAAGAUUUCUUAUGGCAUACAAGCCCAGCUAAUGUCUUAAACAGGCAAAAUGUUCACAAUAAAACAGUGUUGCACUUGCUUUCUGGGCACUAUUGUCUAUUUUAAAACUGGUUCUUCACUCAAUAUAUAGAAAAAUUGAGGUUAUAGGCACAUAUGUAAAGUUGCAUAGGUAAGAAGGGUAUUGCGCAUUUUGUUUCGUAGUUUAGCUGUGUUUCUGUAAUGGAACAAUGUUAUCUUUAAAAAUUACAUGUAGUACAACUC